UCAGUCUGAUUCGCACGAUUGUCGCUAUGCAACACUCCUGCGCACAUUAUCGUGAAUAUUUAACUUAUCAAUUUUAUUUUUAACCUUUAAUUUGUAUUAUGAGAUAGUAUUAUUAACAGUGAUAUCAUUAACCUAGUGAAUAUUGGGAGCGCUGAAACCAAUUAUCAUAGUGAAUAUUGUGAGUAGUGAAACGAAUUUGCUAAACGUCGAAUAUUUAAAGAGAUGACAUUCAAAAGGGUGUGGGACGAGUCUUGUCCGCGGAUUUGGGACCAAUGGGAGGCUGACGGCACGAAGUACACCAUCCAGGAUUUGCCUCCGGAAGACGACGAGGAAGCACUCAAAAUCUUGCUGGAACACUUGGCACCUGAUGAAGUUCUUUGCAAAACGUUAGAUCUCGUAAUCGACCCUGAGAGCUUACAAGGGAUCGGGAAGGUAUGGAAAGAGUGUCUAAAACUGCGCACGAGUCUGGCCUGUUACAUCGAAAAAGAUGGCGGCCGGAAGCUGGUGGCAAUUAACGUGUGUUUGGUUAAAGAGAAGGGUGUUGAGAUGGAGUUUGCGGUUGAAGGCUCAAGAUGGCAGAGUGUGCUCGAAGCUGUUAAGUACUCGGAACGCAAGGCUGAUCCCCUGGGAUACCUUGGGCUAGACAAAGCGCUCACAGCCAUGGGUUUGGUGGUCCUAAGGGAAUACAGGGGUGCCAAGUUGGGCGCUAGGGUUUUGGCAAGCAGGGAACCACUUUGCCGUGCGUUAGGAAUAGGCGGCACCACCACUGUCUUCAGUGGCGCAGCGUCACAGAAGUUGGCGGCCCGCUGUGGUUUCCAUUCAAUUUUCGAAUGUCAAAUCAAGGAGUUCGCUCAAGCAGGCCUCGACUUUCCCAAGGACGAUGAGAGAAUAGUCAAAGUUAUGGUCAAGAAGUACGAGUAGUAUUAGGCAUAGAUAAUAAAUUGUGAGAGGAAUCAAUCCGUCUCACUUCAAUUGUUUGUGAUAUUUUGAAUGAUAGAUGUUCUUUUGGUGACGUCGAAAGAGAUGGCAAGAGUAGGGUCACAGAGGUUAGUGCGAGUUUUACUCGAUCAAACGCGUCGAGAAAGUUAUCACGAAUUUGUAUGGAGUUGCAUUAGUGCCAUCGCGUUACCACUAGAUGGCGCUGAUCAAAUCACAUACAAAUUCACGUUUACUUGCUCGACGCGUUUGAUCGAGUAAAACUCGCACUAACCCCUCAGUUCACAGUGAAACUUGAUGCUAACAAUACUAUUUGGUAGAAUGGCUCAAAAUUCAACAUACUACUUACAUAGAAAUUUGUACAUCUUUUACGUAUUAAAUUUAAAAAUUAUGUAUCUGUCUAUUAAAAUAUGUACAGUGACUAUAAUAUGUACCUAUGUUAUGUAAUAAGUGUAACUUUGCAGUUCAAUUAACUGUCGCUCAUCUGCCAUAUUUUGAAUCUGAUAACUAGUUUGUUUGUUUGUUAGCUAGUCAGGUUUGGAGCCCACCAUGGGGCGUAUAAUAAAACCUCUUUUUCUAAGCUUAUCGCUAUCCACACCAAUAAAAGUUCACAAACUUUUGUAUUAAAAACAAAACUACUGUAACCGAUAGUUACCAAAAGUUCAGCUAAUUAUUUCAUUCUAAUCUAAACUGCAACUCUGAAUCAAAUAAAAAACCAUUUUAUGUAAAAUAAUUUUAUUAAAUCGACC